AUGGCGUCUCCUGCAAUUCCCCCGGGCUCUCUGCGCCAGCGGAACGUCGGCUCCUCCAAAAAGGUCGUCGACGUGGCUGUCAACGAUGACCAGGAACUCGACAAGCUCGUCAAGGCCGCCGCGGCCCAGAAAAAGGGCGGAAUCGAAUGGGACCACACAAUCGCCCUGACUGCCAUGACCAUUCUCGGCUUCAUCACGCGUUUCUGGGGUAUCAGCCAUCCCAACGAGGUCGUCUUUGACGAAGUCCACUUUGGAAAGUUUGCUUCCUACUACCUCGAGCGUACAUACUUCUUUGAUGUCCACCCACCUUUCGCCAAGCUUCUGUUCGCCUUCAUGGGCUGGCUGGUCGGCUACGACGGCCACUUCAAGUUUGAGAACAUUGGCGAUUCCUACAUUGACAACAAGGUGCCCUAUGUGGCCUUCCGAGCUCUGCCCGCCAUCCUUGGCGCCCUCACGGUCUCCGUCACCUACCUCAUCAUGUGGGAGUCUGGCUACACGGUGCCCGCCUGCCUCAUCGCCACCAUCUUGGUCCUUCUCGACAAUGCCCAUAUCGGCCAGACACGCCUCAUCCUCCUCGAUGCCACCCUGAUUCUGGCAAUGGCUUGCAGUUUGCUCUGCUACAUCAAGUUCUACAAGCAGCGCCACGAGCCUUUUGGCCGCAAGUGGUGGAAGUGGCUCAUCUUUACCGGCUUCGCGCUCUCUUGCGACAUGUCCACCAAGUAUGUCGGUACUUUUGCCUUCGUCGCCAUUGGAUCUGCCGUCAUCAUCGAUCUUUGGGAGUUGUUGGACAUCAAGCGUGUUGGCGGCGCACUCAGCCUGCCUGUGUACGCCAAGCACUUUGCUGCGCGUGCCCUAGGUCUAAUUGUUAUGCCCUUCAUCUUCUACCUCUUUUGGUUCCAGGUCCACUUCACGAUUCUGAGCCGCUCCGGCCCUGGCGAUGACUUCAUGACUCCCGAGUUCCAGGAAACCCUUAGCGACAAUGUUAUGCUCGCCAACGCUGUCGACAUCCAGUAUUACGACACCAUUACGAUCCGCCACAAGGAGACCAAGGCCUACCUUCACAGUCACGGCGAGAACUACCCCCUUCGCUACGAAGAUGGCCGUGUUUCUAGCCAAGGCCAGCAGGUUACUGGAUAUCCGUUCAACGAUACCAACAACUACUGGCAAAUUAUGCCUGCUAGCGAUGACAAGCAGACCGGUGUCAAUGUUCUCAACAAUGCGGUCGUUCGCCUCAAGCACGUGUCCACCAACACUGUCCUGCUCUCCCAUGACGUUGCCUCUCCCUACUACCCGACCAACCAGGAAUUUACCACCGUCUCCGUGGAGGAUGCUUUCGGCAGCCGCGAAAAUGACACCCUUUUUGAGAUUCGCAUUGAGCACGGCAAGGCCAGCCAAGAAUUCAAGACCGUCGCCGGCCACUUCAAGCUGAUUCACUACCCGAGCAAGGUUGCAAUGUGGACUCACUCCAAGCCUCUGCCUGACUGGGGUCAUCAGCAGCAGGAAAUCAACGGCAACAAGCAGAUCCCCCCUAGCUCCAACGUCUGGAUCGCUGAAGACAUCACCUCACUUGACGCCAAGGACGCUCGCCGCGAGAAGCCCGCUCGCGAGGUCAAGCAUAUGCCUUUCCUGCAAAAGUACUUUGAGCUUCAGCGUGCCAUGUUCUAUCACAACAGCAAGUUGACCAGCAGCCACCCCUACGCCAGCCACCCUUAUCAGUGGCCAUUCCUGCUCCGUGGUGUCAGCUUCUGGACCCAGAACGACACUCGCCAGCAGAUUUACUUUGUGGGCAACCCUCUUGGUUGGUGGUUUGCUAGCGGUCUCCUUGCCAUCUACGCCGGCAUUAUCCUCGCGGACCAGAUCUCUCUCCGCCGUGGCGUCGAUGCCCUGGAUCGCCGUACUCGCUCCAAACUAUACAACUCUACAGGAUUCUUCUGGCUUUGCUGGGCUACUCACUACUUCCCAUUCUUCCUGAUGGGCCGCCAGCUCUUCCUGCAUCACUACCUGCCAGCUCAUCUUGCCUCUUGCCUGGUGGCUGGUGCCCUUGUCGAGUUUGUCUUUACUACUGGCGCUGCCCCCAGCACCGAUAGACCCGGCCAAAAGCACCUUACCGCCAAGGAGCGCUUUGCUGGUCAGAGCGUUGUCGGCGUUUGGAUCGCGGCCGGCGUCAUUACUGCCAUCAUUGCCGGCGGCUGGUACUUUUUCCUGCCGCUCACGUACGGCUAUCCUGGUCUCUCCGUCGACGCGGUACAGGCUAGAAAGUGGCUCAGCUACGACUUGCACUUUGCCAAAUAA